AUGGAGCCGCUGGCGCAACAGAAGCAGCCUCGGCAGCCUCCGCCACAGCAGGCCCCACGCCUGGCUCCUCUGCAGAUGGACGCCAGAGAGAAGCAGGGACAACAGAUGAGAGAAGCCCCGUUCUUGUAUGCCCAGAAGCUGGUCACACAGCAGACUCUUCUUUCUGCCACCCCAGGGAGGCCAUCUGGCAGCCCCGCCCUGGGUCCCUUGGCCAGAGGGCCACCAGCAGCGGCAGUGGCCCGAGUUUUUGAACGGAGCAACGUGAACUCCGAGCCCGAGGAGGAGGAAGGAGGUCUGGAAGAUGAGGAUGGGGAUGAUGAAGUUGCAGAGGUGGCUGGGAAAGAGGCCCAGGCCGCGUCCAAGUAUUUUCAUGUGCAGAAAGUGGUUCGCCAGGACCCCAGAGCAGCGUCUGGAUCUGGUUUGCUUCCAGCACCAGGGCUCCCACUGCGUGGACAGCAAGCUAAAGAAGACCAUACCAAAGAUAUUUCCAAGGCCCCACCUUCAGUCUCCACAGCUGGGCAGCCGAGCUGGAAUCUGGAUGAGCAACUCAAGCAGAAUGGUGGUUUGGCCUGGAAUGAUGAUGCGGAUGGAGGCCGGGGAAGAGAGAUCUCUCGAGAUUUUGCCAAGCUGUAUGAACUGGACGGUGAUCCGGAAAGGAAAGAGUUCCUGGAUGACCUCUUCAUCUUUAUGCAGAAGAGGGGGACCCCCAUCAACCGAAUCCCCAUCAUGGCCAAGCAGAUCCUGGACCUGUAUAUGCUGUAUAAGCUGGUGACAGAGAAGGGGGGCCUGGUAGAGAUCAUCAACAAGAAGAUCUGGCGGGAGAUCACCAAAGGCCUGAACCUGCCCACAUCAAUCACCAGCGCCGCCUUUACCCUGAGGACCCAGUACAUGAAGUAUCUCUAUGCCUAUGAGUGUGAGAAGAAAGCCUUGAGCUCCCCGGCCGAGCUCCAGGCCGCCAUCGACGGCAACCGGAGGGAGGGCCGGCGGCCCAGCUACAGCUCCUCCCUCCUGGGCUACUCGCCUGCUGCCGCCACCGCCGGGACCCCUGCCCUUCUCUCCCCACCCAAGAUCCGCUUCCCCAUCCUCGGGCUGGGCUCCAGCAGUGGCGCCAAUGCCAGCAGCCCUCGGGUACCCCCCGCAACCACUCUCAGGAAAGGUGAUGGCAUCCCGGUGACGACAGUGCCCGUGCCAAAUCGCCUGGCUGUGCCCGUGGCCUUGGCAGGCCAGCAGGCCGGUACCCGGACGGCCGCGCUGGAACAGCUGCGGGAGCGGCUGGAGUCAGGGGAGCCCCCCGAGAAGAAGGCGUCCAGGCUGUCGGAGGAGGAGCAGCGCCUGGUGCAGCAGGCCUUCCAGCGCAGCCUGUUCAGCGUGGCACGGCAGCUGCCCAUGAAGAUCAGGAUCAACGGCAGGGAAGACAGAUCAGAGGCCUCGGCUGCAGCGCUGAACCUGGCCACUGGCAGCAUCGGGAGCAUCAACAUGUCUGUGGACAUCGAUGGCACCACCUAUGCAGGUGUGCUGUUUGCCCAGAAGCCCGUGGUCCACCUCAUCGCGGGGCCCGCCCCCCAGAGCCUGGGUGGCAGCGCCAGCGGCAGCAGCAGCUCCCACUGCUCGCCGAGUCCUACCUCGUCCCGGGGCACCCCCAGCGCCGAGCCCUCCACCAGCUGGUCCCUCUGAGGGGCAGGACCCAGCUCCCCACACCCCACUCUCCUGUUGAGAGUGGAGGAGGUUGAUGCACAGAAUUUACCUCAUCUCACGGAGCCCAUGUCAAACACCAUUUGGCCAGAUGUUGAGAGUUUGGACGUGUCCGUCUGUCCAGGCUCC